GUUAACGCACUGCUGGCCAGAUUGGUGAUUGAACUCCUCUGCGGUAAGUCGGAGCACCCGUGGAAGGAGCUGGCGGUGGACAUCCUCAUGAAAGAAUGGGAGUUAAGAAGAAGGGAAGAUGUUUGGCUGGCCCUCCUCACACCUUCUUUUGUGAAAGGGCCCAUGAGCUCCCCAGUCUGGCGGGAUAUACUUCGAGCUUGGUCACACGUUAUGCCGAUACGUAUCAAGGUCCCCCACACCAAGGAUGAGAUUCUCGCUCAGCAAAUCUUUGAGAACACAUUUAUCUGUGAUGACAGCGGGAUCCCCUGGUCAGCCAGUAAUGGCACAGGACAGUUCGGCAAAAGCUGGAUACAAAGGGGGAUCUCGAAGAUCACGGAUCUGUGGAACCAGGAGCUGGUGCAAUGGAGAUCUGCAGCGGAACUGAAAACGCACCUGCAUCAUUUAAGGGCAGUCCAAGAAAGACUGCAUGGCAUACCGAACAGUAUUCCAGCAACUUGGAAAGAGAUCCUGGCAGACCCAUUCGCCGCUUAUGAAGGGCACUGGGUGGUACAAGGCGGACCGGCUGCCCCUUCAGAGGUAUGGAAGGUUGAAGCCAUAUUGGACCAAGAUUAUGCUGCGGUCGCUCCUUAUAAUCUCUUGGAGAAGGAGGCCAGGGAGGGAUUUGUCUUGCAAGCGGCAGAAGAAAAGGUGGUGCCGCUACAACGGAUCUCGUCGGUAGUGGUCUGCACCAAGAAGGCAAGAAAUGGCGACGAGGAAUUUUUCUGCCCUAUGGGGGUUACACCGGUGGGACAAUUGAAGGUCAUUCCCACUGCGCUCGGGACAGGUUCGGACUACAGUUUUGGACCGGGUUCGGACUACAAGUCAUCUCACGGGUUCAGCGAAGGUUCAGCCAACAGUCAGCGAAGGUUCAGCGAACGUUCGAAGGUUCAGCGAAGGUUUAAGGUUUCGUCAACAGGUUCGGUAAUCCGAGCACAGGCUCAGCCAAGGUUCGGGGAACAGGGUCCGGGAUCCGGCUCAGCGAAGAAGGUUCAGUUCGGAAAUCCGAGCACAGGCUCAGCGAAGGUUCAGCGAAGGUUCAGCGAACAGCAGCCAACAGCCUGCGCAACGAACACUUACCGGUUGGUCGAGAUCGGGAUUGCCGGAAUCUUCGGCUUGCUACGACUGAGUGAUGACGUGUACGGUCGGGAUCGAUAUGAUCUCGUGCACGAUCGGGAUCGAUAUGAUCUCGUGCACGAUCGGGAUCGUCCGUACGGGCGAUGGAGCGGGAUGGCGGGAACGCAGAGCGACAUGGAAUGGCCAGAUAAGGAUCCCGACAAGGUGGAGUUUAGUCACCGGCAUCAGGGGGCGAUCAUCGUCGAGCGGGGAGGAGGGGAGAAUGGGAGAAGGAGGAGAUCGCGACCCAUGAGUCGAUUUCGUCGCCUCCUGUCGCUUCGCCGGCUCGCCCUCUUCUCCCGCGGCUCUCAUCAGUCGGGAUCUCGGUCUCCCGCGCUGCUUUCGGAUCUCUCGUCCCGAUCCCUGUCCUCUUCGUUCGACACGUCGGACGGGACGUACGGAUUGGAGUGUCAUUACGCCGACCUGGGCCAGAGCAUCUUGGAUAUCCUGCUGUGGAGACGGCCGAUGACGACGCUGCUGGCCGUUGCAUGUGGCAGCUUGAUGUAUUACCACGUGGUUUUCCGCCACAGGUCGAUGGUCUCCUUGAUUGCUGACGUGGCACUCGUGCUGGCCUGCGCUACGGUCGUCUUGUACCAUUUGUCGAAUCUGUUCUCGUCGAGCUUGAAGAUGGAUUUGGCGGGAAAGUGGGAGCUGUCUGAAGAUUCGGCCUAUCGGAUAACGGCUUUUGGCGCGAACACGAUCGGCGCGGCCGAGGGGGUUAUGAGGAUAGCAGCGAACGGAUCAGAUUACAAGUUGUUUGUCAAAGUGAUGAUUGCGCUUUGCUCGAUGUCGUUGAUUGGCAGAGUGGUGUCGGGACCAACCUUCAUCUUCAUCUGUAUGUGGAUGCUUUUUACCAUCCCGGUGAUUCUGUCGUGGGUUGGGAUCGAGACAGAUCUGUGCUUCGGUCGACGACCGCUGCUUCUCGGGAACAUUUAUCGGUCGCCGACCGGCUCGUCACGAUCUACUGCUUUCCCAAUCAUCGAGAGCAGCAGAGCUCUUGAUGUUCAUGCGCAUGCCGAUGCUGCUACUGAUGAUGAUGAUGAUGAUGAUGAUGAUGAUGAUGGUCAUGAUGAUGAUGAUGAUGGAUUUCUAGAUCAUGAUGACAACCACCGCUCGGAUUCGUACAGUCCCGAUCCCUACAAUCUCGAUUCGCAGAGUCUCAAUCCCUACAGUCUCGAUGCCUACAAUCUCGGUCCGUACAGUCUGGACCCCCCCUACGGUCCCGAUCCCAAGUCUUACUAAUGAUUAUGUGACCGAGUGAGCCGCAUAUUUUUUUAUUUUUUUUUUUAAAUCAAAACCAAUUUCAAUU